AUGCCAAGUCCAACCCACCCUUUAGCUUCCAUGAUCCCCUGGCAGAUCAGCACUGCAUCAGAUAGCAGAACCAAAAUGGCCAAGACUUCGAGGUUGUGCUCUCUCCUCCUGAGGCUUCUAGCUGCAGCGGCCACCCUCUGCGCGACGGUGGUCAUGGCGACGAGCCGUGACUCCACCACCAUCUUUGGCUUAACCCUGGAUGCCAAGUUCCAAUACACUCCUUCCUUCGAGUUCUUUGUGGUUGCGAACGCUGUCGGCUGCGGCUACACCCUCCUCGUGCUCUUCGUACCUCCGACGACCUCGCUGUCGAGGUUGGUCAUCGUGUUCGAUGUGACGGUGGCGAUGUUGCUGACGGCGGCCACAGCGGCGGCCGGGGCCAUGGCGCAGGUGGGGAAGAAGGGGAACUCGCACGCCGGAUGGAUGCCCAUCUGCGGCCAGGUUCCAAGCUUCUGUGAUCAUGUCACGGGAGCUCUAAUAUGUGCCUUCGUUGGUGUAAUCGCCUACUUCUUGAUCGUGCUCCACAUGAUCUACACAUUGUUGAGCCCUCUAUUUCCAUGACCAUCAUAGAUGCAUGAGUUACCAUGUAAGAAAUCUGUGUCCAUCGACGGUGGUAUUCUUCCCGUAAUCCUAUAGUCAUAAUCUUCAUCAACAUGGCCAUUAUAAUCAUCAUUAUUAAUUUGACCGGUUUGACAUUUUAAUGUGGUAGAUGGCCUCGCCAUCCUAUCAUUGGAUGACUAUGUUUGACUUUCUAAUAUUAGUUAUUAUUAGAUGCCACCGGCCAUGAUGAGUUUGAUGAGCUA